ACAAGAAAGAAGUAGACAAGCAUGAAGCAGCGCCUCACCUACCUACUACCAGCAAACAGCAGUCUCGCGCCCUCCGAUCUCUCCGUGAAAGCAGACCGCCUCGACUUCGCCAAAGCGCCGCAAGCGCACGAGGAAUGGCGAGUCACGCUCGGACUGCACGAACUGCCCGAUGAACUCAAGCUGUUCCUUGUCGGAUGUCAAGAACUGCAUCUCCGCUGGUCGUCGCGGCGACCUCACGUUCUCACUCCGCCGCUGGUUUCGAGACUUCCGGCUGGGUUGCAUGUUUUUUUGACGCCGAGUGGGGUUGAGGAUGACCUGCCCAUCUGUAACCUCCUGAAAAAGCUAGUUGGCGACGAAUCCAAGUGCGACUCUGUCCACGAGUCUUUCGCCCGCUUGCCUGCUGUUUCCGAAAGCCCUGCGCAACCUGCUACAUUUCAGUGGUAUCAGAAUUCGUCGAUUCGGAGGGAGGGGUUGGCGGAGGUGUUUUUGGGGAAAAUUUGCCCUCCGUCUUCAGCCAACUCGGAUUGGGGUCGGGCUUGCGAUUCUCUAAUCCGGACUCUGGACGAUGCGAGCCAUGUGGAUGUUGAUUUCGAUGCGGCUGGCCAGACUCUGGAUUUUACGGCAUAUUGGAGUGCUGAGGAUGAUGCGGUGUCUCGAGAGUCUUCUGGACGGGUGUAUCGGAAAGCUGGGCCGGAGGGAAGACUUGAAGUUGGCGUGCUUCAUGCGGAAGAAGCGAAGGAUUCGGGAGAGCUGUCUCUAGGCGGAUACCUGACGGUUAUCGGCGAGGAUGAGCGACCGAGUGCAACGCUCUUCUCUUUCCCCUCCCGCCACCACCCCCUUCCCCCAACCUCAGCAGGCGCAACCUUCAAAACAACAAUCCAGCAUCCCAGCGGCCUCCAUCCCAAACUCCACCUCCACCUCCCCCGCCAACCCCUCACCCAACGCCCGCAGGAAACCUGCACACUGCACACCUACCUCACCCUCCCCUCCACGCUCUUUAUAGACCGCUUCCAGCUCUCCGACCGCCUCUUCCUGGACUCCCAGAACUUAGUGAGCUUACAAAGCCUCAUCGGCGAAGACGACCUCGAGGCUCCGGAUUGGGUAAUUCGGAGGUGGGGGUCGGCGGCGCUGGUUGAGCUUGCUGCGCCCGGUGCUGGUCUUGAUGGUGAGGGGGAGAUGUGGACGGCUACUAUCCCGCUUCAUCUGCGGUAUCUCUCUCCACUGCUAAGUGACGUUGGGACAGAUAGCACGGCCGGCGUGCAAAUUCCCUGGCCGAUUGUUUUCUGGGCCUGCGAAGUGGAGGAUGCUGAACUCAAUCUGGACAAUAACCCCUUUGAUCGCGUGGACCUAGGUUUCGAUGGACUAUUCACGCCACAGACGCUGUUUUAUCAUGUGCCGCCUGCGGGAGAUGCGAUGAGACUGGUGGAGGAGAUUCAAGUGCCGGUGUUGAGAGCCGACAGUGCGGGCUUGGUGCAGAUAGGCAUCUUUCUGGCCGUCGUUGGGGGAUUUGCAUGGAUAUGCUGGCAAUUGGCCAGAGCAGUUGACAAUGGGAAAGGGAAAGGGAAGAAAAGGCGGUAAAGGUAAGCAUCGUCAAACAAAC